UCACCUCGAGAACCACCUUGCGCAUGCGCCCCAGCUCCUGGAGCAAGGCAAUCUAGGUUCUUAUUCCCACUUGCCUGGGCAGCUUCAUAGGAAGGCUCUCAGAAAUCUGAGGAGAUGGAGCCAGCGAAUACUUUACGUCAAGACGGCGAGUCCAAAGGAGGUAUUUUAGCUCACUUGGAAAAACUAGAGACUCAAAUGAACAGAUCUCAUAAGCGGUUUGAAGAGCCACAGAGAGCACAGGCAGAGGCAAGUACUCUUAGGACCAGGAUUCAUAAACUGAGACUUCUGCGAGAUAAGCUGAGGGCUGAAGUGAAGCAGCGGCAAGCCAGGAUUGAAGCAUCUGCUGCCAGUGCAGAGCCUGACCAGACAUUGGAGACAAGUGAGCAGGAAGUUUUAGAGACAAAGCGGGAAAACCUGAAAGCCAUUCUACAGGCAUACCGUUUUACAGGGCUCAGUGGUAAACUGACCAGCCGAGGAGUCUGUGUCUGCAUCCACACUGCUUUUGAGGGGAACCUCCUGGAUUCCUAUUUCGUGGACCUUGUCAUACAGAAACCACUUUGGAUACAUCGCCAUUCAGUUCCAGUCUUCAUUCCUCUGGAAGAGAUAGCAGCAAAAUACUUACAGAUUGAUGUUCAGCACUUCCUGUUCAGUCUCUGCGAACACCUAAAUGCUUAUGCUGGGAGGAAGUACCAGGCAGAUCGACUUGAGAGUGACUUUGCAGCCUUUCUGGCUGGGCCCUUGCAGAGAAACUCGCUGUGCAACUUGCUGUCAUUUACUUAUAAAAGGGAGCCUGGGGGCCAGUCCUUCCCGUUCUGUGCUAGACUGCUGUAUAAGGACCUCACAGUAACGCUUCCAACGGAUGUCACCGUUACAUAUCAAGGGAUGGAUGCAUUACCCACUUCAUGGGAAGAACAGCGAGUCUCCCAUGAAAAUCUGUUUCGUACGACGUCACUACAUAAAGUGUUCACUUCAUUUGCCGGAGAAGGAGGAAAGUUGGAUAUGAGCCUGCUCCCCUAAAAUGUUAUUUUCAUUGAGAACAUGUCAGCAGUGAGUACAAUAUUUCCAUAGUUCCAGGCAAAGUUCUAGGAACUGAAAACUCCUGAACAGAUCAGACUCGUCAGGGACCGUCCUUGCAAUGAGACAGACACCUACCUCUUCAUUAGGAUGAUAAGCACCAGGUUUGAGUCCAUGGACUUUGGGUGUUUUGGGCAAUUCUCCACUUGAUUGAUCACUUAUUAUAACGCUCAAGAUCACCUGUUCUUUUGAGGUCUUAAUUGAUUUGAUCAUACAUUUUACCUGAAAAUCAAAAAAUGGUUUGUGGGGCACAACAGAGGGAAUUUUGUGAAAGAGGGAAGACAUAUCUUUCAACUAAACAGUAUUUCUGGCUUUUAUGGAAGUUUUAUGUAAUUCUGCCUCAUUUUCCUGAGACUUCUGAAAAGCAAGUUCUUAGAUUACUCUGGGUUUGUGAUAUGAACGUAUAGAUAAGAAGGGAAGUGUGUUUAAUCUUUGGUUUGGAGCAGUAUAUUGUAGGCUCUUGCUUUAUAGAGAAUAUGAUGUAAGAAAGUACUAUGGAUAAAACAGUAUCUAUUAUUUUGUUUCCUAAAACAUUUUAGUGGAGAGCUGAGUGUAUUAAGUCAGCUAUAAAAGAAUAGGGUUGGAAAUCUGCCUAUAAACUCACUUACUGUUGCAAAGGAAGCAGACCCUCCUCCAUCUCUUCCCUCAUGCAGUCUUCUUCCCCAUCUCCUUGGUAGUGGAGUGUACCAGUUUUCCCUAUGACCAUGGGCCUUGGAUCUGCUGGCAUUUUUUGUUCCUGGCUAUGAGAGUAUGUGUAGGGGCCAGUUCACAGAUUUGAAAACUUGUUUCUGGCGGCUAUUUCAAGUCCUGUCCCCUGUUGCACAGUCAAAAUAGGAGCUAUUAUUACAUUACUGCCUCAGGCCCAGAGCUACAUUCAGGCCUCACUCUAACAUGGUCACUUGGGAGACCUGAUGAUCAUGAAGUGUAAUGUGUAACCUUCACUUGAGGGAGCUCCAGCUAACGUUAGGAAGAGCACCGGGGAAUGGUAAACCAGCUUGGAUCAUCAUUUAGAAGAAGCAGCUUAAAACUAAGAGAGAGAUGUUCUAGUUCAAGCUCUUGCCUUCCAGGCGUGUGGUGGUGACCAAUGGCAUGACUUAGAACUUCUCAGGUGAGAGGGAGUCACACAGUAUUCACAAUGAUCACAUUCAAGUUGAAUAAAGCUUUUAAUAAAACAGUCUUGUUUUUAUCAAUACCUGUAAAUUCUCUCUUAAAGCAGUAGCAAAGGCGACUGUAGCAAGAGCUCAAAGGCAAGGCAAUAUUGGAUAGUGUUUUUUAACAGAAAGUUAAAAAUAUAAAUGUAGAUCUGUGUAUAUAUUUUUCUUUCAGAAAUAAAU